AUGAAAACGAUGAAAUAUCCCAGCAUACCCCAAAGUACCAAUAUGGCAGUCAACAAUGGUUCCCACGUAGACGAGGUCGACUCACUUUUUACUUCUUCGUGUUGGCAAAAUUCGAAUUCCAACAUCCAAAACGAAUUCAUAGACACCCACAAACUGAUACUGGAUAGUUCAAUGAGCAAUUUGGGAACAGAUAAACUCCUAUUAGACUCAUCCCUAAACCAAGGUGACAGUGAAAUCGAAACGAAAGUGGCGAUGGACACUAUAGAAAAUUUACUAGGUCCACAAUCGUUGAAUAGUUUGGCAGAACUCAAACCUCUGCCUCCGUUCACUGGGUAUACCGCCAAUUUAAGCAUAAACGGUAUACAGGGUCAUCAUUAUCACACGAUAUCCCAAAGAAUUCCCGAGGAAAACAAUAACACUUACAACAAUUUCAAUGAACAGAACAUAGUGUCAAGUUCAACUUGUAAUGUUAGUGCGGACUCCGCAGGUGAGGAAAGUAGUAAAACUUUCUUUUCGGGCGAAGGUUAUUCGGACUGUGUGAAUCCAGACUCAGUGUCCUCCAUAAAAUACGAGGGUUGCAGCCACCCGUCGGUGGACUCCGCAACUCACGUCAAAACUGAAAUAGCAGAAUACGACAUAUCCUCCAUAGAAGACAUCGCGGCAAUAAUAGGCUCUGCCAUAGCAGACACCACAGUUCCUAACAAUAACACAGAAGGCGAGGAUCCCACGGGUUCCAGAGACAGUUGGAUGGACUUGGAUGCGUGGAUCGACGGCGCUUGUGUGGACCAGCAGAAAAGUAUAAUAAUCACUCAAGACGGUUUGUCGGAGUUCGUCAUACCUUGCAGUAGUGAGUUUACGAAGACGCCUCAAGCCGUUGAGUUCGCGUCCAAAGUUCAACAACAACAAAGCGGGUCGACUCUACAAACUCUCCUAACUCACGGUUAUAUGCCUCUGCUGCAGAACAGACUGCAAAACGGGCCUCCGAUAAAGCAAGAAGCGCCUAGUUCCACAAAUUACGGAGCAGAACUGAUUUCGACCUCCAGUCCUCCUGCUAAUGUAGUGUCCACAACGGAUAACUUACUGCUAACAGUAAACGGUAGGUUUUUACCGCAGUAUAGUGUUGGUCUAAGCGACGAACAUCGAAUAAGAAGUCCGGACAUGCUGGGGCAAAAUUAUCCCCAUACUACCACAACUACGCCGAAUGCCCCAAAAAAGCCCAGGAAUCGAGCUCAGAAGAAGCAACAGCAAGCUACUAGUUCGACGGUGUUCCAGUCGGAUCAAGCGCUGGGGCUACUGGGGAAAGAAAAACCUGUACAUAGGUGUAGUAUUUGUAAUAGAGGUUUUUUGAAUAAAAGUAAUAUUAAAGUUCACCUAAGAACGCACACGGGAGAGAAACCGUUCAGAUGUGACACCUGCGCAAAAGCGUUUAGACAAAAGGCACAUUUGUUAAAGCACCAACAAAUACAUAAACGAAUCGGACGUGACUGA